AUGCAGGAAACGAAGAUGGAGGCGCCCGACGCGGGCAACUGGCGCGCCGGCAACCCGCUGGCGGCGAACCCGAGGAAGCCGCGGCCGCGGUCCGCGAGCCCGCCGAAGCCGACGCCGUCGGAGUCGCCGCGGCGCGAGAAGUGGAAGAGCAGCGCCGUCGGCGGCCCGGAGAAGCGCUUCAGCGCCGAGCUCGCCGCGCAGCCGCGGCUCGUCGUCCGCGUCCUGGGCGCGCGGGGCCUCGGCUCUUCGGACGUCGUCGCACGCGUCUGGUGCGCGCGGCUCGACGACGUCCACGACGCGGACGCGGAGCCGCAGGAGACGCUGCCCUGCCGGGGCGGCGACGCGCCGGCCUGGGAGACGCACAACGAGUUCUGCUUCGCGCUCAAGCUCGACGCGCCCGAGGACGUGCAGGGCGGCUGCUGCGCGGUGGCGCUCCGCGACGACGGUGUCGCGCGCGAGACGGGCUACGCCGACGGCGACGCCGCGCUCGGUGUAGCCGUGGUGCCGCUCCGCAUGAUCUUCGAGCGGGGCAAGGCCAUGGCGGGCACGAAGACGGUGCACCUCACGGCGACGUGGCUGCCGCUCGGCGCCGCGCCGAACGGCGCGCGCAGGGCGCGGGGCGAGGUCCUCGCGUCCUUCGUCUUCUUCUUCGCCGAGGGCCUGAGCCGCGCGGCCUUCGAGACGUCCGUCGCGCGGAUCCUGGGGCGGCCCGAGGAGUACGACGACGACGAGCUCGCGUCGCCGCCGGCCGCGUGGCCGCCGCGCGACGCCGCGGCGCCGCGGCGCCGGGGCCCGCCCUUCUCCGACGACGGGGCCGUGGAGCUCCGGGGCCUCGGGGGCCUGUCGCCGAUCCGCGAGCACCAGGAGAAGGGCGGCUGGGUGCCGCCGUCGCCCGCGCGGCCCCUCGCGGCCGGCGCGGCGUCGCAGGCGCUCGACACGGCGCGGAGCCGGGCAGGAAAAGAGAGCGACAUUCCCAACUUCAAAGGCUCCGAUCUCGGCCGCUUUCCACUCGCGCGGAGCCGCGCGCGGAGCUCCGCGGACUUCUCCGGCGCGUCGUCGGCGCGCUACGUGGCCAUGAAGCGCCUCCAGAAGGCCGCGCGGUCCGCCGAGGCGUCCCUGCUCCAGGCGGGCACGCCGUCCAAGAUCUCCAGCGGCCACCGCGCGCUCCGGGACAGGCUCCGCGACGGCCUCGCGGCGCUGCGCGAGCGGGACUCGCGGCACGCGGGCGCGGGCGAGCUCUGGGGCGAGCUCAAGGCCCUGGAGAGCCCGGGCGACGCGUCGGCCUUCUUUGAAGAAUUACUGGGCACGCGGCACACCGCGCGGGCGGGCGGGCUCGCGUCCGCGGUGCUCGCGGACGACGGCGCGCCGCUCGCCGCGCGGCGCCACGUGCUCCUGCUCCUGGCGGCCGUCGCGCGGCUCCACCCGGGCGCCUGCGUCCCGAAGCUCGGGGCGGCGCUGCGGGCCGUCGCGGGCGUCGCGCAGGGCGCGUCGGGCGCGGGCAGCUCGCUGAGCGGCGAGGCCGCGGCCGUCGCGGGCGCGCUCGCGCGCGACGUUUUUCCAUUAGCGGCCGCGCGGGGCGCGCCGGAGGAGUCUACGCACCUGCCCGUGGACGUGCUCGUGGCGCCCUUCACGCUCGUGCUCGCGCGGCCGCGCGCGCGGGGCCGGCGGUCCGUGGCCAACUGCUUCGCGGCCGUCCUCGAGGGCCGGCCGGGCCCCGUGCCCGUGUGGCUCGACGCGGCCCCGGCGUCGAAGCACGUCGGCGCGGCGCCGCCGGCGGCCGUGCUCGACGAUCUGCGGCGGCGCGCGGCGUCGCGGGGCGUCGCGCUCCCCGUCGCCGCGACGCUGCUCCGCGACGGGACCGGCGCGGUGCUCCACUGCGAGAACGACGACGCGGCGCUGGACCUGCGCGCGACGCUGGCGCAGGACGAGGCGCUGCCCCCGGGCUGGGCGUUGGACGGGGCCAUGGAGGCGGGGGAGGAGCGGGGCACCGUGGAGGAGGCCAUGGCCGCGCGCGCGGCGUUCGUGCUCGCCGUCGCGCCCGCGGCCGCGCCGCUCGCGUCGUGGGUCGUCGAGUCGUGCAAGCGCCACCGGGACGUGCUCGAGCCCUUCUGCCGCGCGGCGCGCGCCCUGCUCCAGCUGCGGUCCGACGCCCAGGCGCUCGGGCGCGCCGACGCGGCCGCGAACGCGGCGUUCGACCCGCGGCUCCUCGCGCGCGCGGACGGCGCGUACGUCGAGGCGCUCGACGCCGCGGCGCCGGCGCUCGCGCGGCACGCGGCGCGGUGCGUCGAGGCGGAGGCGACGACGGCGGAGGCGCUGGCCUGGCGCGACAAGGCCGCCGCGCUCGACCUCGUCGAGGCGCUCGCGACGAACGACUGCACGCAGGCCGCCGCGGCGCUCGUCCUCGGCCCGCUCGUCGGCGCCUGCGACCGCGCGCGGCACCACGGCGUCAAGCACGUCCGCGACGCCGCGAAGCGGGCGCUCCUCGCGCUGGAAGCGCUGCGCGCGCGGCGCCGCGACGCGAAGCACGCGGCGGCGCGGCCGAGCCGCCGCGACGUCAACGCGCUGCUCGGCGCGAAGCUGCCCGUGAGCGCCGUCGGCCUGCCGAACCACGACGACGCCGCGUCCGUCGACUACGGCUGGCCCCGGCCGGCGACGCCGCCGUCGCCGCGGCGCGCGCGGCCCGGCGGCGCGCCCGUGCCCGCGCUCGACGUGUCGCGGCUCGCCGAGGCGCCCAUCCCCCGCGCGCCGCCGUCGCCCGACGCGCCCUGGCUCGACGCGGCGCCGAGCCCGCGGCCGGCGCCGACGCCCGCGCGGGCGCGCCGCCCGCCGCCCGCGGCCCUCGACUUCGACGACGACUUCGCCAAACCGCCCCUCGACGACGACGACGACGACGACGCCGGGCCCGCCGCGGCGGCGAAGCCCUGGAGGCGGCGGCGGAGCUCCGCGAAGCGCGUGCGCGUGAAGCGGCCGUCCGUCGCCGAGGUCCCCGACGACGUCGCCGACGCGCUGACCAAGUCCGUCGACCUUUUGGCGGAGCGCUGCAGGGGCUUCGAGCUGUGCCGAAUUCAACCGCUGGUUUGGGUGGUCCUCACCAAACUUCAGAAUUCUCUAGCUCGGUCACAUCGAAGUCGAUUCGGCUGA